AUGCGUCCUUCCGGCCACACACAGCAAUACAUCGCCGCGGUGCACAAUUCACAAGCCGAAGACCAUGUCACCCCCACUGUGCGACGGACAACACGUCUUACUGGAGGUGAGACAGAGAAAGCCGUAUUUGAGACACAGGAUACAGGAUUUACGACAAAUACAGUCGCAAAUCGAUCGCUGCAAAGUAAACUCGGGGCGGCAGAUGGUGGUGACGUGCACGAUGUUGGGAACUCGUCGCAAACUAUUGAACAAGUGCGUACGACUGGGCAUGGAAUAGCUCCCACGUACAGUGACAAUGCAGGACUAGACAGCGCAGAGGAUAAGGACGUACAUACAGUACAGAAAGCUUCAGAGGAGAUAGAUACGCAUACAGUAAACGUGGGGUCCAAGCAUGAAGCAAACCCACAGAGUAAUGACAUGGCGGAUAUUAAUUGUGGUGCGUCUAUGCCAUCUCCGCUCAGUGACGUUGAUUGCAGCCAAAUGAUCGAAGGGAGUCGGCAGGAGGAGGCUGCAGACAGCGCACCCACACAGACACAGCCUAUCACCAGUACAGAACUGCACGUCACCGACACUCCGGAUAGUGACGUUGAAGUGGAAGCCGAGACACACAACCAAAGUCAGGAUAGUGAGGCCAAGGCACACAAUGAUAUACAGAGCAGCGUGUAUUGUAAGGAAGUUUCAGGAGGUGCGUGUGUUGCUGUCGCCGGCAGUGGCUCGAGUGCUUCUGAAGAUGAAGAAGGUGGUUAUGUGUCAGCGAAGGAAGCGAAAAGUCAAUCUGAGGUGUCCCCCAAGCAAUCUGAUUUGGAGUGUGCGCCUGAGCCGAUUGGGCAGGCACAAGAUAACGAGGUGUGA